AUGGAUGUUGUAUGUGCUUGGGCUGAAGGUGUGAGUUUUUCUCGACUUUGUGAAUUGACAAGUGCGUUCGAAGGUAGUGUGAUUAGAUGUAUCAGAAGGUUGGAAGAACUUCUACGUCAAAUGCAUAAUGCAGCAAAAGUAGCAGGAAACUCAGAAUUGGAAAAUAAGUUUUUAGAAGCUGUAAUCCUGAUUAAAAGAGAUAUUAUUUUCUCUGCGAGCUUAUAUCUUUAA